AUGCCACUCCAUGAGACACCGACAUCGGAUUCACCUAUGGAUUCCCCGAUGAGUCAAGACUCACCUAUCAAAAAAGAGCCGAGGCCUAUUGGGAGGAAGGCGGCGAAGGCGAAGAGAGGGAGUAAUUCUACCAAGAAUACAUCUAAAUAUUUGGAGGAGCUUUCAAAGAUGCAAGCCAUGAGAAUUGAAAUGGAUAUGAAACAACAAGAGCACGAUAGGGCAAUGGAAGUAGAAUAUGCAAAAGAAAGGGAGUAUGUACGCCAAGGAAAGAUUGAAAAAAAUGAUUGGGAAACCAUGGCUAUGGAUACAACCCAUAUGUCCCCCGAAACAAAACAAUUUUGGAAGUUAGAACGAAGGGAUGUUAUGAGACGAAGACUUUUUCGUGACGAUGGACCUAGCAACACGGAUUGGUUAAAUGAUCAAAACCAUUAA